AUGCUCUCCUUCCUCAGUUCACUCGCUGUCUUGGUAUAUGUCAAUGCCUUGACCAUUCCACAUGGUGAAUACCACGGCAAAAGAAGCGUUUCUCCUCUCAAAAUCGACUUUACCGUUUCGAAGCAGCAGGAUGAGACCAUUGAACAAUUGAAUGCUAAAGCAAGUGCCCUUGCAGCCCACUAUGCGCCUGACACCCUUCAAAAGAGAGCCAUCGAUACCCCUAUUGUCAACUACAGAGACGUCAGUUACCUUAUGGAUUUCCAGCUUGGAGACAACCAGCAGCAGAUUCUGGCCAUCUUGGACACUGGAUCCUCUGACCUCUGGGUGAACGGACCUGAGAUCGAUAAGCCAGAGGGCGGGACCUAUGACCAUUCUCAAUCCUCCUCCAGUAAGAUGCUUGAUGAGGAAUUCUUCAUUUCUUACUUGGACAAGUCCUACGCCGGCGGAGAGUACUACACAGACCAGCUUGCCAUCAAUGGCGAGAAGGUUUUGGACGAUUUCCAGUUUGCCGUUGUCAACAAGAGUGAGAACAAUAGCCGGGGUGUUUUUGGUAUUGCCGAUAAGAACCAAUUGGUUACAAACAACACAUACGACAACUUGCCCUGGGCGUUGAAGAAAGCUGGCGUAACUCCCAAGGCCUCUUACUCAUUGUUUUUGGGCUCAAGAGAGGCAAAGAAGGGCUCUAUUGUGUUCGGAGGCAUUGACACCGAAAAAUAUGAAGGUGAGCUCACCAAAUACCCAGUGGAGGGUCUGAGAGGUUUGGCGCUCAAUUUGAAGAGUGCCGAGGUUGCAGGAGAGACUCACGAUUUGGACAUUGAGAUCUUGUUGGACUCUGGAACUUCCUUGAACUUGUGGCCACAAGAGAUUGUGGAUGCCAUCGCCAAGCAGCUCGACGGUAAACCAAUCCAAGGGUUAUACUUGGUCGAAUGCGAGCAGCCACUGGACAAAUAUGUUUCUUUUGACUUUGGCCAGAACAAAAUCAAGAUAUCUUACCAAGACCUCGUUUGGCUGAGCGAAGGAUUGUGUUUGUUGGGUGUGAGGCCAUCCUCCAACAAUACCCACAUUUUCGGCGAUGUGUUCUUGAGAUCAGCCUACGUCUACUACGAUCUUUCGGAGCAUGAAAUCUCCAUUGCCCAGGCCAAGUACACCAACUCCUCCAACAUCAUCGAGGCUUGA